GCUGAAUUUAUUCUAAUGUUACAGGGAGCUUGGUACACACCUGGACGUAAACACAGGCCUGCUACAGGUUUCCUUGAAGAGCGUCUGCGGAAUGUUAGGAAACGGAUGAGAAAGUUAAAGCAACCUGGUCACCUAGAACCACAGCAGGACCAUAUCAUCUCUACACCAGAAUAUGGAGUGCCUCUCGAAAAAGUUCAGGAGAUGGUUGAGUGGUUGAAGGUCCACAAAUAUCCCAUCUCUGAAGUCGAAAAUUAUAUGAAGGAAACGGCUGUUUACAGAGGCAAGUGGAUCCGCAACAAUGGGUCUAAAAGCAUUGCGGAAGUUUUGAAGGAGUUCCCCAGGCUUGUAGACAAUCCUGGCAUGAUUUCACAAGAUUUCUGUAUCCUGUAUCCUGAUGCAGCGAGGAAACUGUUUGAAAACUGGACCACGAUAAGUGAAAGAAUUCUUCCAUAUGCCCAGCGAGAGGGUAAACUGCCCUCAGUACUGGGUGACAUGACACCAGCUGCUAAAGAGGAGACAGCUUUGAAGGUCCUGCCAACUCUGCUUCCCCCAUCCAUCUACAGGAGAGGAGGAAAGGUCUUCAGACCCACCACAGAGGAGGCCCAGAAGUCAUUUAUUGACAUGCAGCCUGUUGGGACCAACAUGGUUGAAUAUUUAAACCAUGAGAUGACUGGAGCAUUGCUGCACAUUCUGUGCCUCAGUGAUGAGACAAGGGGGACAUCACAGACCUUUGCCAUUAUUCCAGGCCACGCCAUUGAGACUGUGUCUUUGUUGGAGGCGGUUGAUCUUUGCUUUAAAGCUUUUUUUGUUUUUGAUGUUCAGUACACCAAGCAGUGUCUCCCCACCUGGGAGUUUCUCCAGCAUGCUGUAUAUCAGAUUGAAGGGAAAGAGUCCUCCUCUGUAAAGUUUUUGAGGACAACAGUGGUUUCAGGCCCACAUGAUAUGUAGAUGAUUUUAAAAUGUAUUUUGUUGCUGUUCUUAAAUCAACACAUCUUAAUAAAUUAAAUUGUAAUCGUAUGAGAGUUCAAAUUAGUUGUUUAAUGACUUUUAAUGCCUGAAUAUUUGGACAGAUUUACAUUUGUUAUAAAGUCUGUGGGGAAGGGUGAAUGUCAGAGGGUGUGUGGGUGGGGGUUGGGA